UGGUAAUAGUUCACAAGAUUUCAGUUGCAAGACUCACCACCAAAUCUGUGAACGGUGAACCAGAAGACAGAAGCAAAAUGCAAGACACCAUAGUGCUUUACCCAUCCACUGGCAUGGGUCAUUUAGUCUCAAUGGUGGAGCUGGGCAAGCUAAUCCUCCGCCACAACCACCACCUAUCCGUCAGAGUCCUCCUCACUACCAGCCCUCACGAACCCUCGACCACCACCUCUUACACCAACCACAUCACGAGAACCAACCCUUCUCUCACUUUCCACCGAUUCCCCCCUCUUUCCACUCCCCAAGACACUUCUCCCACCCGUAGCGGUGCAGCUAUUGCUUUCGAAUUCCUUCGCCUCAACACCCCAAACGUCCUCAACGCCCUCCAAUCCAUCUCCACAACCUCAACCAUCAAAGCCUUCGUCAUCGACUUGUUCUGCACCUCGUCCCUCCACGUCGCCUCUGAUCUAAACAUCCCCACUUACUACUUCUUCACCUCAGGUGCAGCCGUUCUCGUAGCCUUCCUUUACCUGCCCACCCUUCACAAACAGAACACCCAAAGCUACAAGGACCUCACCGACACCUAUUUCCAUUUCCCAGGCUUGCCCCCUAUAAGGGCACCUCACAUGCCUGAACCCAUGCUCGACCGUGACGACCCGGCCUAUCAUGAUUUCAUAUAUUUCACUUCUCACCUACCCAAGUCCAAGGGAAUUUUAACAAACACCUUUGAGGCAUUAGAGCCGAAAGCAAUCAAAGUGAUAGCUGAAGGGGCUUGCGUGCCUGACGCUCCGAUCCCCCCUGUUUACUACAUCGGUCCAUUGAUCGCGGACGCUCAUGGUCGGGCAGAGGGUGGAGAUGGUGGCGGCACAGUCGAGUGCUUGUCAUGGCUAGACGCGCAACCCAGUCGAAGCGUCGUGUACUUGUGCUUCGGCAGCCGAGGGACUUUUUCUGCGGCGCAGUUGAAGGAGAUUGCGAUUGGAUUGGAGAGAAGCGGGAAGAGAUUCUUGUGGGUGGUUCGGAGUCCGCCAUUAACGGAAGAAGAAGUAAGAACCAGGAGCUCUGGUAGAUAUGGGGAACCCGAUUUGGGUGCUCUGUUGCCGGAAGGGUUCUUGGGUCGAACGAAGGAUAGAGGAUUGGUAGUAAAGACAUGGGCGCCGCAAGUUGAGGUGCUGAGUCGGGAAGCGGUGGGUGGGUUUGUGACUCAUUGCGGGUGGAACUCGGUGUUGGAAGCGGUGUAUGCAGGAAUGCCAAUGGUAGCGUGGCCAUUGUAUGCAGAGCAGCAUCUGAAUAGGGCGGUUUUGGUGGAGGAUAUGAAGGUGGCGAUGCCAAUUGAGCAGGCGGAGGAUGGGUUUGUGAGUGCUGAUGAGGUAGAGAAACGGGUCAGAGCGUUGAUGGACUCGGAAAAAGGGAGAGAAAUUAGAGAACAGAUUGGAAAGAUGAGAAAGGAAGCCGCAGCGGCGUGGGAAGUGGGUGGGACGUCUCGUGUUGGCUUCACAAAAUUGACCGAGUCAUGGAACGGGCAUAACUAAAACUCGGGGUACCAACCAUGUCUUUUUGUUUUUAACUCCUUAAUCAGCGGUGAGCAGUGAAAAGUGAGUGGAGAGCGAUGAAUGGUAGUGAGGAUUCAAUUGGUGUGAAAGCUUCGGUAUGCAUCCCAAUUGUUGGAUGCUCAUCGCCGCUCACUACCUCCCAGUAGAGGUUUUCUACGCUUACUUUAUCUCACACACACACACACACACACACACACACACACACACACACACACACGUUGAGUUUGAUGGCAAGGAUAUCAUCCAUUAUAUACAACCACAACGACCAUUGGUGAUGUUUUAUCCCUAUCUGCUUCCUUUGUUUCAAUUUCAUUUUACUUUGUUCUGCAGGCUAUGUAUUGUAUUAUAAUCCUAGCUAUGAAGGUCUUUUCUAUCA